GGUUUCCUUCUUUUCCAGGCUCCCGGAGCAGCCGCGGUUCCCUGAGCUCCGGCUCCAUCCCGCGGGAUCCGGAGGCUCCGGAGCAGCCGAGCGGGGCAGAGCUCCAUGCGGGAUCUGCACAAGGCCGAGGUGCUCGGGAGCAAACGCGGCCUGAUGUCAUGGCGGCCGCAGUACCGCAGCUCCAAGUUCCGGAAUGUUUACGGGAAGGCGGCGAGCCGGGAGCUCUGCUUCGAUGGAAUUCCCAUCACCAAGAACGUCCACGACAAUCAUUUCUGCGCCGUCAACGCGCGCUUCCUCGCCAUCGUCACCGAGAGCGCUGGCGGCGGCUCCUUCCUCGUCAUCCCGCUGGAGCAGACCGGCCGGAUCGAGCCCAAUUAUCCCAAAGUUUGCGGCCACCAGGGAAACGUCCUGGACAUCAAAUGGAAUCCCUUCAUUGACAACGUCAUCGCCUCCUGCUCCGAGGACACCUCGGUGCGGAUCUGGGAGAUUCCGGAGGGGGGAUUGAAGCGGAACAUGACGGAGGCGGCGCUGGAGCUGUUCGGGCACAGCCGGCGCGUGGGGCUCGUCGAGUGGCACCCGACCACCAACAACAUCCUGCUCAGCGCCGGAUACGACUACAAGGUGCUGAUCUGGAACCUGGAGCUGGGCGAGCCGGUGAAGAUGCUGGAUUGCCACUCGGACGUGAUCCUGUGCAUGUCCUUCAACAGCGACGGGAGCCUCCUGGCCACCGCCUGCAAGGACCGGCGGCUGCGCGUGCUGGAGCCGCGCUCCGGGAAGGUCCUGCAGGAGGCGAGCUGCAAAAAUCACCGCGUCAACCGCGUGGUUUUCCUGGGAAACACCAAGCGGCUCCUGACCACGGGAGUGUCCCGCUGGAACACCCGGCAGAUCGCGCUCUGGGACCAGGAGGAUUUAUCCAUGCCCCUGACGGAGGAGGAGAUCGAUGGACUCUCGGGACUCCUCUUCCCCUUCUACGACGCCGACACCCACAUGCUCUACCUGGCCGGGAAGGGGGAUGGGAAUAUCCGGUACUACGAGAUCGGCUCGGAGAAGCCGUACCUGAGUUACCUGAUGGAAUUCCGCUCGCCGGCUCCGCAGAAAGGGCUCGGGGUGAUGCCGAAGCACGGCCUGGACGUCUCGGCCUGUGAAGUUUUCCGUUUCUACAAACUCAUCACGCUCAAGGGUCUCAUCGAGCCCAUCUCCAUGAUCGUCCCCCGGCGGUCGGACACGUACCAGGAGGACAUUUAUCCCAUGACUCCGGGCACGGAGCCCGCCCUGACCCCGGACGAGUGGCUCAGCGGGGUCAACCGAGAUCCCAUCCUGGUGUCGCUGAAGGAGGGAUACAAGAGGAAUUCCAAGGUGGUGUUCAAGGCGCCGGUGAGGGAGAAGAGGAGCGUGGUGGUCAACGGGAUCGACCUCCUGGAGAACGUCCCGCCCCGCACCGAGAACGAGGUGGGGCAGCCCCGGAGCGGGAAUGGGAAACUUGGAAUGGGA